GGCCCGGAAGCGGCGGGAGCGGGCGCGAGCCGGAAGGGAGCGUGGCGGCCGCUGGCAGCUUCUAAAGUUGGUGAUACUUAGUGCAUCCAGGAAAUGCUUGUUUCUUCAUUCCCCAGAGAAGAAGUCCACCCUACCCAGCAGAACCUGAAGGGCUGAUGAGGAACCCUUAACCUUGCCUGGCUCUGCUGACGUUGGCUUCUUUUAUAAAAUGGGAAUACUUAUUGCAGUUCUUGGAAUCUGCUUCAGCUUUUCACUUGUAAAAGGAGAUUCUAAGGCUGUGACAACAUCUCUAACUACAAAGUGGUUUUCAACUCCUUUGUUACUUGAAACAAGUGAAUUUUUAUCAGAAGAAGGUCAAGAAAAAUUCUGGAAUUUUGUUGAAGCCAGUCAAAAUAUUAAGACAUCUGAACAUGAUGGUAGCGAUUAUUCUUCUUACCAUGAAAUGCUGAAAGUAGCCUGCCAGACUCUGUCACCUUUGCAGCAGAAUUUGUUGAAAUUUUCCUUGUCUUUGCGCUCUUAUUCUGCAACAGUUCAAGCUUUUCAACAGAUAGCAGCAGAUGAACCUCCACCACAGGGCUGUGCCCUGUUUUUUGCUGUGCAUGGGGAGAAGACAUGUGAAUUUGACUCUCUGGGAAACCUUUUACAGGCAGCUUCAGAAAGGCCAAAGCCAUUUUUGUUCAAAGGGGACCACAAAUACCCAGUGUCAAACCCCGAAAGUCCUGUCGUCAUACUUUAUGCUGAGAUUGGCUCAGAGGAAUUCUACAGAUACCACAAGAGGCUUGUUUUAAAGGCUGAGGCAGGAGAAAUCACUUAUGUCCUCAGACACUAUAUUGCUAAUCCCAGUAAAGAGAAAGUCUACCUCUCUGGCUAUGGUGUGGAACUGGCUAUUAAAAGUACAGAAUAUAAGGCCAAGGAUGAUACACAGGUGAAAGGCACAGAUGUGAAUGCUACAGUAAUAGAUGAAAAUGACCCUAUUGAUGAAGUGCAAGGAUUUCUGUUUGGAAAACUAAGGCAGUUGUAUCCUGACUUGACAGAAGAGCUGAAGGAGCUUAGAAAACACCUUGUGGAAAGUACCAAUGAAAUGGCACCUUUGAAAGUAUGGCAGUUACAAGAUUUAAGUUUUCAAACUGCUGCUCGCAUUUUGACUGCUCCCCCUGUGGAUGCUUUGAUGGUCAUGAAAGAUCUCAGUCAGAACUUUCCUACAAAGGCCAGAGCCAUAACAAAAACAGUUGUUUCUUCGGAACUCAGAGCAGAAAUUGAAGAGAACCAAAAGUAUUUCAAAGGAACAUUAGGAUUGCAACCGGGGGAUUCUGCCGUGUUCGUCAACGGGCUACUUAUUGACUUAGACACUCAGGACAUCUUUAGCUUGAUCGAUGUGCUACGCAAUGAAGCCCGUGUUAUGGAAGGCCUGCACAGCUUGGGAAUUGAGGGUCUGUCUUUGCACAAUGUUCUGAAGUUGAACAUCCAGCCGUCAGAUUCUGACUAUGCUGUGGACAUCAGAAGCCCUGCUAUUUCAUGGAUCAACAAUCUUGAAGUUGACAGUCGGUAUAAUUCCUGGCCCUCCAAUGUUCAAGAACUGCUGCGUCCCACAUUUCCAGGAGUCAUCAGGCAAAUUAGAAAAAACUUCCAUAAUUUUGUGCUGAUUGUAGAUCCUACUCACGAGACCACAGCAGAGUUACUGAAUGUGGCAGAGAUGUUCUUCAGUAACCACAUCCCACUGAGGAUUGGACUAGUUUUUGUGGUUAAUGACUCGGAGGAUGUUGACGGACUUCAGGAUCCUGGUGUUGCCCUCCUUAGGGCGUACAAUUAUGUGGCACAAGAAAUGGACAAUAAUUAUGCUUUCCAGACUGUCAUGUCUAUAUAUAACAAAGUAAAAACAGGAGAUCAGCUGAAAGUGGAGCAUGUGGUUAGUGUUCUUGAGAAACAGUAUCCUUAUGUGGAAGUCAACAGCAUUCUGGGGAUUGAUUCUGCCUAUGAUCAAAACAGAAAGGCAGCGAGAGGUUACUAUGAGCAAACGGGUGUAGGUCCACUCCCCGUUGUGCUGUUCAAUGGAAUGCCUUUUCAAAAAGAUCAGCUGGAUCCCGAUGACCUAGAAACGGUGACAAUGCACAAAAUCCUGGAAACCACAAGCAUCUUCCAGCGAGCCGUGUACCUGGGUGAAUUAUCUAAUGACCAAGACGUGGUUGAAUAUAUCAUGAACCAGCCUAAUGUCGUUCCAAGAAUUAAUUCAAGAAUCUUAACGUCUGACAGAGAGUACCUAGAUCUGACAGGAAUGAAUAACUUCUAUGUGGAUGACUUUGCUCGAUUUACCACACUGGAGUCCAAAGAUAAGACAGCUGCUGUCGCAAACAGUAUGACCUACUUAACAAAGAAAGGAAUGUCUUCCAAGGAGAUCUAUGAUGAUUCCUUUGUUAGACCGGUUACUUUUUGGAUUGUUGGUGAUUUUGAUAAACCUUCAGGGAGGCAAUUGUUGUAUGAUGCAAUUAAGCAUCAGAAAUCCAGCAACAAUGUUCGAAUUAGCAUGAUUAAUAAUCCUAGUGAAGAUCCAAAUAGCCAGAAUACACUUGUCGCUAAAGCCAUAUGGGCAGCUCUACAGACACAAACAUCAAAUAAUGCCAAGAACUUCAUCACCAAAAUGGCAAAAGAAGAAAUUGCAAAGGCAGUAGAGGCAGGAGCUGACAUCUUAGAAUUUGCUGUUGGGGGUAUGGAUAUCAGUAUUUUCAAAGAAGCCUUUGAGUCUCCCAAGGUGGAUUUUAUUCUGUCCCAUGCUAUAUAUUGCAGAGACGUUCUAAAGCUGAAGAAGGGGCAGAGGGCUGUGAUCAGCAAUGGAAGGAUUAUUGGCCCGUUAGAGGAUGGUGAAAUGUUUAAUCAAGAUGAUUUUCAUCUCCUUGAGAAUAUCAUACUAAAGACAUCAGGACAGAAAAUAAAAUCUCAGAUUCAGCAGCUGGGAUUCGAAGAAGAUCUUGCAAGUGACUUGGUAAUGAAAGUGGAUGCUCUUCUUUCUGCUCAGCCAAAAGGAGAGGCAAGGAUUGAAUAUCAUUUUUUUGAAGAACGAUACAGUGCAGUUAAACUGAGACCAAAAGAGGGGGAGACGUACUUUGAUGUUGUGGCUAUUGUUGAUCCUGUGACUAGAGAUGCUCAAAGACUUGCUCCAUUACUUUUGGUUUUGAACCAGUUGAUAAAUAUGAACCUAAGAGUGUUUAUGAACUGCCAGUCAAAACUUUCUGACAUGCCACUGAAAAGCUUUUAUCGCUAUGUUUUGGAGCCGGAGAUUUCUUUCACAGCAGAUAAUAACUUUGCUCCAGGACCAAUUGCCAAGUUUUUGGAUAUGCCACAGUCUCCACUGUUCACUUUGAACCUAAAUACUCCUGAGAGCUGGAUGGUGGAAUCUGUCAGAACCCCCUAUGACCUUGAUAACAUUUACUUAGAGGAGGUGGAUAAUAUUGUAGCUGCAGAAUAUGAAUUGGAGUAUCUGCUUCUGGAAGGACACUGCUAUGAUAUUACUACUGGACAGCCACCUCGGGGACUCCAGUUUACACUGGGAACUUCAACCAAUCCUGUCAUCGUUGAUACCAUUGUUAUGGCCAAUUUGGGUUACUUCCAAUUAAAAGCCAAUCCUGGUGCAUGGACUCUCAGGCUCAGAAAGGGCAGAUCUGAGGAUAUUUACAGAAUCUACAGCCAUGAUGGCACAGACUCUCCACCUGAAGCUAGUGAAGUUAUUGUUGUUCUCAACAACUUCAAGAGCAAAAUCAUUAAAGUGAAGGUUCAGAAAAAACUAGAUAUGAUGAAUGAAGAUCUACUAAGUGACGGUACCAGUGAGAAUGAAUCUGGAUUUUGGGAAUCUCUCAAAUGGGGAUUCACAGGAGGGCAAAAGAAUGAAGAUGUGAAACAGGAUAAAGAUGAUGUACUAAAUAUAUUCUCUGUGGCUUCAGGACACCUAUAUGAAAGAUUCCUACGCAUAAUGAUGCUGUCUGUGCUGAAACAUACUAAGACGCCUUUGAAGUUUUGGUUUCUGAAGAACUACUUAUCACCUACGUUCAAGGAGUUCAUCCCAUACAUGGCAGAGAAGUAUAAUUUCCAGUAUGAGCUUGUCCAGUAUAAAUGGCCACGCUGGCUUCAUCAGCAAACAGAGAAACAGCGUAUCAUCUGGGGCUACAAGAUUCUCUUUCUAGAUGUGCUCUUCCCAUUAGCUGUUGAUAAAAUCCUGUUUGUGGAUGCUGAUCAGAUUGUGCGCACAGAUCUAAAGGAGUUAAGAGAUUUCAAUCUAGAUGGUGCUCCUUAUGGAUAUACUCCAUUCUGUGACAGUCGAAGAGAAAUGGAUGGCUACAGGUUCUGGAAAUCGGGCUACUGGGCAAGUCACUUAGCUGGAAGAAAAUACCACAUCAGCGCUCUGUAUGUUGUGGAUCUGAAGAAGUUCAGAAAGAUAGCAGCGGGAGAUCGCCUCAGAGGACAAUAUCAGGGUCUUAGUCAGGACCCUAACAGUCUGUCCAACCUUGAUCAGGAUUUGCCAAACAACAUGAUCCACCAGGUGCCAAUUAAAUCACUCCCCCAGGAGUGGCUGUGGUGUGAAACAUGGUGUGAUGAUUCCUCCAAGAAGAGAGCAAAAACCAUUGAUCUGUGUAAUAACCCAAUGACCAAAGAGCCGAAGUUGCAAGCAGCGAUGCGUAUAGUUCCAGAAUGGCAGGACUACGAUCAAGAAAUCAAACUGCUCCAUAGUCUUUUCCAGAAAGAAAAAGAAACGGGAACACCAGCUAAGAUGCCAGGACAACACACACACGAUCCAGCAGCACAUGUGGAAUUAUGAUCCAUGGAGAAAAACUCAAGUUAGACUGUUUCAUAGACAAUUUUUAUAUUGAAAGCUAGUUUUUUUCCGGUAUGUCUGCAAAACUGCUGAAUAAUUGAAUGGGAUGAUGUAUGCAUUUUUAUUACUUGCCUUGGGUUAAUUUCUGCAUAUGAAAUAGGAUCUGGAUUGCUGGAAUUAGCAUUACUGGGGUUUUUUUGCACCUGUGGUGGAGAUGAAAGAGCCCAUGAUGGAAUUUAGCAUUUCAGAAACAAAACUUCAAAAUCCACUGGAAAAGCCACAGCCUAUUCCUUCAGCUGUUGCUCCCUCCACUGCUGAUGAAGAUCCUGUUAGCCUCAGACCUAGCUCGAGCCUGGGAAGUGCAGACCCAUUGAACACAAGUCCUGACCUCAACUGCUGGAGAUAAUUUUUCCAGGUAACAUAAAAAGGCUCAGAAUCAUGCCUUGAAUUUGGGAUACUGUUUUAUCUGCAGGUUCUCAGGUGGUCAAAAAUGCUCACUCAGAUUUGUUCAGUAUGCCCUUGAUUUUGUAACAAAUCCAGCAUUACUUAGAUUUUCUAUUUCCUGUCUUUGUUUAUUGCCCAACUUUUGAAGGUUUGGCUUAAUGUAAAGCUACUAUGCUUUAUUUAAAUGCCCAUCCAAAUACAAAUGCCUAAGCUUACAAAGUGAGCAGAAGAUGGAAUUUGACAGCUCAGUUCAUCUUAUCCCCUCUGACUUGAAUCAAAGUGCCCUCCUUCCUUCCUGAUCAAAGUUUAAAUCAGUCUGCAAAACUGGUAGGGCCUUACUAUUGCUGUGGUUCACUGAUUCAUGAAUGUUUUUUGUUUAUGAAAAAUCUGUGGAAGCUUGGAAGUUUAUCAUCAUGUAAAUUUCAUUAACUUUAUUUUUCUUCAAACAGAUGUUGUCACAUCAAUAAAAACUUUGGAAUUCUUAGGUCUUAAGCUUUAGUUUACACUCAGUCCUUUGAUCAUCUUUUUUGCUUGCCCACGUUACAGUCCUAAUUUGAUUUUGGGGUGUCUGAAUAUUUCACCUGCAUUUGUUUUCAUUCUGUGCACAGACAAGAAAACACUUUCCUGCAAGGAUUAAUUACCCUGGGCUACUUUUAUCAUUCAUAUUCAUGUCUUAAUUUUUAAAGAUGAUACUGCCAUAGUUCUGUUAUGAACAUACCACUUAAAAUCCUUACUCACGCCCUGUUUCCCUCAUUCUGUAGGAUUACUGUCCGCUCCCUAGAACACAGAGAAGGUGAAGAGUUGAAAUGUUAAGAACUGAAAUAGUAUUUCUAAUAGUAAAUACAGCUCCCUUUGCACUGCUGCUUUUGAAAUCCAAACGGGGAGAAUUUCUGCCUCCCAUGCUUUUAUAAAGGUAAAUGUUCUGUGCUGUAAGAGCUUCACACUGAAGCUAAUCCUUACAAUAACUCUAGAAGAAUAUCUUCUUAUACAUCCUAUACAUGAUUUGGAGGAAGCUGAAAGACAGCAGCUGUAGUGUUUAAACUGUUCAAUAGGACAACUGAACAGAAAAGCAGCUUUUCUUCAGCCAGCUCAAGAAAGGGUCCAGCUCACUGACCCAAACUCUUAAAAAAAGAUGUUAAAAGAAAUAGCUGGGGUCCCUUAAAUGCACAUGGCUGGCACUGUUGAAGAGGUCAGCAAAUGAAUUGGUAACACUACACAUACACUUCUAGUGGGUAUCAAAAGUGGAUAAUUCUAGAAAGGCAGUGGAAAGGACAGUUUAUAAUCUCCCCCUCCCCAGAGGGAGAGCUAAGCAAGCAUGGGGGGGCUGGAUAUCAAACCGUGUAUUUACAGAGCAGGAGUUACCCGCUUAGGUAUAGCCACUUUGUGGGGUUUUAAAUUCAGAUAGUCUUCCUGAUGCUCUGCAAAUUACAAGGGGCUUAUGCUUCCCAUCAAAACUGUUACAGUAAAGGAUACACAGACUUACACUAGAAGGAAUUUUUUCUAGUGUAAAAACCAAUAAUGUGCCAGCCCGCAAAUUAAUUGCCUACUGUGUUAAUUAGCCUGGUUUAAAAUUACCCUUUCUGUGUUCAGCUGCAAACCACUUACCCCUCUCUGGAGCACAGGGGGCAGGAGGGCAGCGGCUCUACACCACAGCUCCAUCCAGGGUGGGCAGGGGCAGCGGAGGCAGAUCACACAGGGUGAUGGUGUGCGGGCGGGGAAAGAAUCUGCCCCAGCCCUCGGAACAAGAAAAGCCCAAGUUUUCAGUGAAACAAGACCCUCUCCUAUCCAGGACCAUAUUUGGCUUAAUUUUUUUUCCAAAUGUUAUUAGACACCCGAAGAUAGAGAAUGAAGUAACCUCUUCCACUCAGCACGAUAUUUACAAGGCCUUGUUUGGAGUUGAAGAAGGAGAAAAUAUUUUUAAAUUAAAUGUCAGUUACAGAAUUUUUUUUUUUUAAUUAUAUUCCUCCAUUCUAAUAGAUAAUGUAUGUGCUUGAACACCCACACUGCAUACCUUUUCUUUUAAUUAUAAGAUCUAGCAAGCUAUGGAUAAUAUUUUUGUUCCCUCUGGUUAACAGAGAUCAUGUGCUUCUGUUCAGCUCUUAUUAAGAAAAAAAAAUAAAAAUCUAGCUUUCAGCUGAUAUAGAAAGGAACCAGAAACAUAUUGUGAGAUUUAGUACCUUUUGCAGUACUCGUAAGAGUCCUGUACCUGUUCUCAAGUACAUUAUAAAAUGCAUAUGGUACUAACCAUUCUGAAUGUGAACUACUCCAGUUUUUCCUGGGAAGCCACUAUUUGCACACAAAAAUAACAAUCAUAGAGAAGAAUAGUCACUCAUUUUGGAUCUGUGCAUAUGCUUGCUCGUAGUGCUCAGCUGGGCCUUAAAAGAAAAAUCUUUCAACGGUUCCAUCUAGAAAGCAUCUCAGAGUAAGGUGAUUACUGAAAUAGAGCUGCUUCUGAUCAUACCACUGAUAGCCUGUUCCUGUAAACUAGUAAGACCGAUAAGAAAAAAUAGAAAACAGGGAUUACGGAGAUCACAAUAUAAUUUUGGGUCCCUCUGAUUAGAAAGGCCACUUCUGUGGCAAAGUGAUGAUGCUGUUCCCAAUCUCUGGAUACAAGCAGCUUGUCCUCUUGGUGAAAAAUUCACACUGAAAAAUGCCCAGUACUUUAUUUUAAAAGGAAGAUUUCACUGCUUUACUAGAAAGAAAUAGCAGAGGAAUAUGUUUGUAAGAGUUCUCUUUCGUUUAGUUACUGGGGGGAGGGGUUGUUAAGGAAAUGAAAGGGGUGGGACCUGUACAAAGCAGCAAAUAUCCAGUCACAUUCUUAGGAACCUAAACUUUUUUUUUUUUAAUAUAAACUGUUUUGCAUAACCAAAUCUUCUGUAAUCUGUUCAAGAAUGUACCAUAGCUCAGUGUGGCACUGAUACCUACUGACCAAGAUAGUGGGAGUUAUUCUCUACUGAAUGUUACCUGAACUGAGAUUACAGGGAGUUUCCCAGUACAGUGGCAACAGUAAGAUCUGUCUGAUGUAAUAAAGCCUUUUCUGUUCUUUA